AGCAACGUGUGUGGCUCCGCGUGACCUAGUCUUCGCCGAUUCGGUGCAGGCGUCUGCUCGUUGAUUGGCCCACGAAGGGACGAAGGUGAAUAAUAAAAGCAACAAAAGAGAAUUCUGUCAAGGUACACGCUUGCACGAAUUGCAUCGAGUAACGAAAGAAAGCUGAAAAGCAAAGGUUUUUUUUCCGGUGUGCUGCAGAGCCAUUGUUUGAUUACGAAGGGAUUGCGAUACGAGUCAGAUCUUGCUUCGCGGCUUCCAAAUUUCAUGUCGUAUUUCCAGCGCUGGGGUGACUUUCAAGUGGAGUACUUUCAUUGUUGAGCGUCUCCAACAGCCAUGAGCGACACCCUGUUAGAGACCGGCCACCUGGCUGCCGUGACGGACAUCGCUGCGGACGCCAACGGGCGCCACUUGGCCACGGCCAGCAACGACGGCACCGUGCACAUUUACGAGUCAACCGUGGUGUCGAAGGAAGCGUCGCAGUACAAAGGCGGCCCGCCGGCGGCCACGUGGCAUCACAUCGCCACGUUGCAGUGCAGCAGCGAUGAGCAGACGGCCGCCGUCUCCUGCGUGGCGUGGGCGCCGCUGAUCUUCUACAGCGCGGCGCUGGUCACGUGCACCGACGCGGCAAAUGAGGUGGCGCUGUGGAGCGACGUCGGCAACGAUGGACAGUUCUGCAAGGUCUACCGCUACGCGUUGGCCGCACCGGGUUGGUGUGUCGCGUGGGCCCCGCACGAGUACGGAAAGUUGUUCGCCGUGGGCUGCGCUGACGGCGCGGUGGUCGUCUUCACCGGCGGGCCCGACGGCACGUGGGACAUCCACUCCUUUGAAAGCCACCCGCACGGCUGCAGCAGCAUCUCCUUCGCCCCCUUCUUCCCUCCAGGGGCGCUGCUGAUGGCGCUGCUGGAGCAGGACGUCCCUGGGGGCCCUGGCAGCGUCCCCCCGAUGCCUUUCGCCCCGCCACGCUUAGUGACGUGCGGGGGUGGUCGCACCGUGAAGCUAUGGACGCACUCCUUCGUCGCGCCUCCGCCGGGGGAGCAGACGGGCGGGCCGCCGGAGUCUGUCUGGACGGCGACGGAGUUGGACGCAGCGGACGCGUCGAGCACGCCGGCGUGGCGGGAGGUCAGCUGGGCACCAAACCUGGGUCUCCCGUUUACGUACAUUGCGGCGGGCUCUGAGGAUGGGUUGGUAGCGGUGUGGGCGCAGGACGGGCCGACGUCGAGCCCGUGGCAGUGCCGGCUGCUGACGCCUCCGCACGGCGUCCCCGGUGAAAAUGUUACCAAGCUAUCGUGGUCGUUGGUGGGCACCUUUCUUCUCGUCUCCUACGCGGAUGGCACAGUGGCGAUGUGGAGGGAGACGAGCAACAACGGGGAGUGGCGCGUCGUGAGCGAGUUGGAGAACCCGACGCUGUGA